GCUUUGUGCACAGGCUGGGUCACGUCCCACCCUCGCAGGGUGCCUUUUGCAAGGUGCUGCUAAUAGACAAAUUACAGCUCCCAGCCCGUCAAGGUAGAUAAGAGACCAUGUGAUACAGCCCGGCAGAAGACGGGUGGCACCGCAGGGUAAAGGUGCACAGCACAGCGCAGCUCAACGUGGAGUGGAGCGGCAGGCAGGGAGGCAGGGAAGCCACGCGGGGAAAGGAGCGAGGAAGGAAGCAGGGUGGCAAGCAAGCAAGCAAGCGGCUGAUCGCUCUGCUGCGAGUGGCUCCUUUUGGCCAGGUUCUUCACGGCGGACCUAACUCCUGUCUUGAUGCCCUGAAGAGUUUGCCAAACGCCUUGCGACAAUCCAGAAGCCCAGAGUCAGCGAGGGGAGAUCAGCAUGUCCUUUGGCAGAAAGAAUUGGUCUGCGCUUUCCAGCCUGGCCCAACAAUGGAGUGCAGAAGAUGAGGAAGAACAGGAAAGGGAGCGCCGGCGAAGACACCGACAGUUGAGUUCCAGCUCUGAUGCCAAGCAGGAAACCCUCAGUGCAGAGCAAAAGGUCACCUGUCAAGUACGAAAUAGGUCCCAUAAUUCCUCAGAGGUAAAGCCAUCAAAAGUGGGAAACGCCAUACUGGAGAAUGAGAGAAAACUGGUAGAGAAACUAAAUAAGCAGGACAAUAGAAGGACAAGGUGGAAAGCAGAGACCAUAAAUAAUGUGAAACAAGAAAAGAAAGAGACAGUGAAUGCCAGGAAGUUGGAAGCUGAUAAAGAGAAAGCAGAGACUCUUUCAGGAUCAAUUCAGGAACAGAAAGAUCCAAAACCAGAGAAAUGCCAGGACCUGAGUCAGCAGAAAACCCCCAUAGAAGAAAAACCUCAAAACUUGCGUCUGAUAAAGAGGGAACCAGUAGUGGGAAAGCAUGAAAGCUUGGAGCAGAAAGAGAAACCCCCCAAACUGUCUAAGGAUCAGCAAUUGGAUGAGGAACAGAAGGUUCAGAAUGCACAUGAGUCCCAGAGGGCACCUGCAAUCCAGAAUGAGGAGACAGUGCAAAAACCUCAGCGUACUGCUUGGGAACGUAAGAGCAUCAGUCGACUUGAAGUGAAGAUUAACUCAAGAGUAAGAAAUAGCACAGAAGCAGCUUCACCUCCACCUGCCUCUGUCCCACAGGGAACAGAAAGAAGUAUUCCUAAAAUUGAUGAAGCUGAUAGUGAAAAUGGAUCGGAGGUCUCCUCUUCAGUUUCUCAUCCUUUGGUUACCUACAGUAGCUCAUUCAAACGAAUCAGUCCAAGGACAAUCUCCUUCCGGGUGGUCCCUCCAAAGGACAAACAAGAUACACUAAGCAGAAGUGCUAGUAUGAGGCUUCCAGCAAGUACAGCUAAAUUUGGGGAGAAGCUGGAGAAGUAUACAUCUGCUGUGCAGAGAGCGGGGUCAAUUAAAUUGCCUCCAUCUGCCCGGAGAAACUUCCAACCACCCUCCAAGGGUGUGGCCAGCAAGCGCAACAUCUUUGAAGCCAGUGUUCCUGUCCGGGCUGAACCUAUCACUACUGUCCGAAAGGAGGGUUUGACAGUUCCAGGAGGAGUGUCAUCUCGCAUCAAUCUGUGGAUCAGCCGAUCUCAGGAACCCAGCAAGGAUGAAGGAAUCAAGGAUACUCGGAGACCUGAGAACACUGCACAGCAAAGUUAGUGGAGGAAAGGGUCCAGCGAUUCUUGAAAGGAAACCAGGAUGUAACACAGCAAGCUGCUCUGGGGAAAAUUUAUCUCCAUUUAAAUCAAAGGCCUGGACCACUUGAAAUUCUCCUGCUUCCCUUGGCUUUGGAAUGUUCCCUUCCAAAAGGCCAUUCAUCUGGAAAAGAACAUCUAUCAGCCAAACCUGCCUCCAGUGCCUUUUCACAGAUGGGGUCUCUUGGUGCCUUAAAAAAAUAUUGUUUCUGUUUGGUGGAUGGGAAAGUUGAUACUUAUGGCAUAGAAACUAUAUUACCCAGUUUAUUUCUUCCCAGGUGCAUUUUCUAACUCCCAAAUACCAAAAUGUUUAAGCUUUAUCAGGAACCCUGGAGAUAUGAAAUCUAUACCACCUAAUCAUUGGAUGGUACUUAUGCACCUGCCAUGAUGAAUAACAUAACAGUGUCCACAUGUAUCGCUCCACAGCUAGCUUUGUUUGCCUUCAGUGAUGUCAUCACAUGGCCAUAUCUGACAGGCUACAUACCAGUGUUGGUGUUGCAAGGAUGAAGAAGGCCAAUUUGAAGGAACAAAAA